CACAAAUACUUCCCAGAACCAAGAGCCUCGUCAUUGUUAUUAUUGUGGACGAACUGGACAUCUUAUAGCCAAAUGUAGGGCCAGACAAGCAGAGCAAAAAUCUAAAGAUGAUCGAAGAAAUGAUAAAAGAGAUAAUUAUAGGAGAGAUGAUUACAGAAGAGAUGACUAUAGAAGAGAUAAAUGUAGAAAAUCUCAUUCUCAUAGCCGUGAUCGCUCUUAUAAAAGUUCUUCACGAGACAGAAGAAAUUCUAGAGAAAAUUCUCAAGAAAGAAGCAGAUAUUCAGACUCUUAUAAUAAUGAUAGUAGGAGAACUAGCUUCUGCUCUCUCUCACCUUAUCGUAGAGACAUUAAUUACCUUGGUCAUGACAGUACUCCACCUUCAGCCUCCCCAGUUCCUUCUAAUAACAA